AGCAUUGUAUGAGACACUUAUAGAGGAAUUCUCAAGGCUUUGCCAAUCAUGGCUAUCAAAGAAAACACCUCCAACUCUUGUUUGAAGAAGGAGAACAAAAAGGAGAAGAGCAAGAAGAAAAAAGGGAAAUUUAUUUUUCCUGGUUUUGUUAAUAGGAUUUUAGGAGUUCAAAAGAAAAAUAAAACCGUGCCGAUGAAUGAUACCGUAGAAGAAGCAGAGAUGAUGAUGCCAACAUCAAAGAAUUUUUUCGGGAAUUUUCGAAAGGCAAAAAUUAUCGAAAUUAGUACAAAACAAAAACAAGUCAGCUCCAGAACGGACACUAAGAACCAUUUUGAGGGAAUGAUCCAAAAUAAGAACAUAACCUUAAAUCCAAGCUCACUUGAACCCGAACCUGAACCCGAACUCAAGCCAGAAACAUUUCGGUCUAAGAAUUGCAAGAGCUGUAAAUUGGAUUCAUGGCUUGGUCUAACAGUGAUCAUGGUGACACUCAUGUUGAUCAUGAUAUUUGGACGUGCAUGGGCAAUUGCAAUCUUGUCUCUUUGGUUCUAUGUCUUAGCAUAUUUAAGAGGAGGGAAAGCCAUGAAAUAUAAUGAAGAGGAGGAGAAAUAUUGUUAUAAUAAAGUUGAUAUUAUGAAUACAAAGGAGUAUAAGAAGAGAGUUAUAUUGGAAGGCUUGUUAAGAAGAAGCAAGCCUACAACUUCUCUUCAAUCUUAUUCAUUCUCAGCUGGUGACCCUCGAGGAGAUAGGACAACAAGAGAGGACAUUGGGCGAUCAACAACCCUACUUGGACUUGCUUCUCUUUCCAAAACAACAAACCCUUCUUUCCAUCUUCUUCUUCUUCAUCUUCUUCUUAUUCUUAUCAUGACAUCCAAGAGAAAACAUGCAAAAAAAUUCUCAUGUCUACCUUCUUGCUUCUCCAUCUCUCCGGAACUCUCACCGGACUCCUAUGACACCGAUAAACCGAUAUCUCGAAAAGAAUACAACAAGACAAGCUUCUUCACAAGGUUUAGCAAGAGCAAGAAGACAGUUCCUGUUCUUCUUCUUGAAAAACAAGACUUGGAUCCUGUUUCUCAACCUCAAGAUCUUGAUAUCAAAGACAAUAUAAACAUUCUCCCAUCUUCCAACCUUAAGUUCAACUUCAUCUCCAACUUCUUGAAGAUUAAGGGUGACAGGAACAGAAAAAAAUCAAAUAAAUUAAAUAAAUCAACAAAAUCAGACAAAAUCCAUGUCAGCACUAAAUCAAAGAAGAAGGCCAAUCAAAACACUCAUAUGGAAAUGGACCUGGGAACAUCGACAUUGACUCCUUCUGAUCGAGUCUCAACCAAGUGCCCUAAUUCACCGGAACAUGAUCCGGUUCAUAUCACUUGUUCUGACAAACAAAAAAAAACUCAAAUCAAACCAAACGGGAGGCUCAUUGAGAGCGUUCGAUUUUUUAUCCCUAUCUCAACAUUGACUCUCAUCGUGUUCUUAGGAAAAGCGAUCGCUAUUGCUUUUUUGUGCUUUUGUUUUUAUUCAAUUCCUCUACUUCGAUCGGAUGACGUCGAUGUUGAGAAGAUUAAGCGAGAAGGAAUCGAUUUUGACUCGUCGAAAUAUAAGAAAAAGGUUGUAUUGGAAGGUUUGCUUGACAGACAAGAUAGGAAGUCAAUGAAAUUUCAUGGAACAUAA